GCGGAACAGUGGAACGACGAGGAGAGAAGAAUGAACCUCUCGUCUAUAACGCACAGUGAAUCUUCUUUGGGAGUAUGGAAUUGUUUGAAACUUAAUCACAUCCCAAACAUCCAAGGAAUAACUAAUGGGAGACAUAAGCAAGGAUUCCUGGGAUCAUGUGACCAGUCGCUGGGGUGUCCACUUUGUGUCUUCUCAGUUUGACAAAUCCGCAAUGAGUAAUACUGUGCAGGCGUGCAUUUUGUCAUACCAGGCGUGGAUCUUGUCUGGCACAAACUUCGGCUUUUGAAGAGGUCGCUAUGAAAGUAACCCUGAUAGCCUUCAAUUGAUAUGCCUCAGAGGUGUCUUCCUGUUCAAUCGAACUCAGCGUGAUCAAGAACAUCCGUCUGAAGCAACUUCGUGAGAUCAGCAGCAUGCGUCACGUCAUCGUAACGUGCCGCUCGAUGCUCUGGACCUUAAUGAGUAUCACAGUGGCAUUCGCUGAGUUGGUGGCCUUCAUGAGUGCAGAUUGGCUAGUAGGGAGUCGAUACCCCUCCCAGACAAAUGCGUCACUUCCUGCAUUGGCGGAACCUGCCCUGCCUACCCUCGGCCUCUACAGCCGCUGCACCCUGGUGGACCAACAGAAGAUGUUCCAGUGUGGCCCUUAUGCUACACACUUUACAGAGAUUGCAAGUGGAUUUUGGCAAGCCACCAUUAUAUUCCUAGUUGUUGGAGUCUUCCUGUUGUCCGUAGUGGGAUUUCUCUCAGUGUUUAGCAUGUGUUUUCAGAGUAUCUUUGGGAAAAGUAUCUUUAAUGUUUGCGGCCUACUUCAAGCUAUCGCAGGUCUGUUCCUGAUGCUGGGACUGAUGCUCUACCCAGCGGGCUUUGCCUCUGAGAAGGUGAAGCAGUACUGUGGCCAAGAUGCUUCUCCGUAUAAAUUGAGCAGUUGCUCCCUGGGCUGGGCCCUCUACACAGCUAUAGGAGGAACCGUGGCCACUUUUGUUUGUGCCACGUUCUCUGCACAGGCUGAGAUUGCCACCUCGAGUGACAAUGUGCAGGAUGAGAUCGAUGAAGGCAGGACACUCAUCUGCGUGCUGUGAACGUGUCUAGUUAAAGGGAAAGCGGUUGUCCAGUGGUGACUUGCUUAGUCAACAGCUGUCGUGAUGGGUCCUUAGGUCUGUGCUGCACAUAUGCACAUACUGUUAUGUGGAGAUUUCUGUUUUAUGCAUUCCAACCUCUAAUCAAUUGGUAUUUGUAGCAAAAACAUGCAAUUUCCAGCAAAGUUCUUUAGGCUUUCUUUUUGCAUUUUUGAUCACUAUAUUAUUCCAAAUCAUUAAGUUUUUUAUUGAACUGUUAACAUAGUUUAGGAAAUGCCAAUUUCAUUAUUAAUUUUCUUUUCUUUUUUUUAUCCCUGAUAGUUCACUUAAUACUUAUGUGUAUAGAUGUAGUUUGGGGGGAUAUGGGGGACGUGCCCCCCCCCCACAAAAUUCCUGCCCACAGUACUCAUAUGUGUUAUGUUGGGUGGUGUGAGCUUUGUCCCCACAAAGUUGACAUGAAAGCUACGCCACUGCUUAUGUGAGCCCUGCAAUGUUUUGAGGCCUGUUGGACGCACUGGUAAGAAGAGAGUAAAGGCCUGUGUCUGUUGUUUAAGGUGCUAUACACGAAAUUCCAUACUCUCCAUAACUGACUGUCUAAGCCCAGGUGUUCACUUUUGUUUAGAUGCAGAUCACCUCAAGGACGUGGCCUGUAAUUCACUCACUCACUCACUCACUCACUUACUCAUGUUUAGUAGUCUCAACCAGAGGUGCUAUAUAAGAGCAGUGCAUCACAUCAGUUACACUGUGCAUCCUCGUUAAGAUGAAAAGGUGCUGUUUUAUUUUAAAUUUACAGUGCCUGUACCUGCCAAAGUAAUAAUGUAUCUUAACUAAAUCCUCAUCUCUUUUCAGCUUAGCUUUGUGCUGCUUUUUAAAAGUUGCAAUAGAUACAUGCAAGAAAUAUAUAUGUUGUUUGACCAUUCACUCACAUUUAAUUAAUCUCUGUUCUUAUAUCAAACUGCAGUAGAUAAGUGGGUAUUUUCAUACUAAAUUUCUCAACCUGUCAAAAAUUUUGCUGUGGUUAUUUCCCAUAAAUUUGUUAUAUUAACAAAUGUUAUUUUUAUAUUUGUGACUGUGCGUUACAUUUACCAUCCAUUAUGAAGUAAAACUCUGAAUGAAAACAC